AUGCAAGAUAGAGGGGUUUCCUGGAAGAGGCACAUCCUGUUUUCAAUCGGGUUGUCCGUCAUGCUGACUAUUUUUUUCGUGAUACUCCUCUUCGGAGACGUCCUCCUCUCCAUCAUCUUUCUGCUUCUCCUGCUCCUCAUUGUGUUGUUCAUCAUCACUACAAAUCGGACGGAGUGGUCCACCACUUUCCCCACCUCCGAGCAAGAGAGGAGGGAGCGCGAAGGUUACGUGGACGUACAGGCGGUGUAUUUUUUGGCUUCGCAACACGGCGGCGUGAUGCCCUUAGUCAUCCCAGAGAGCAACACCAGCGCCUCCGGAACCGCGGUAGUGGGGAUGCCCCUCUGCAUCGAUCCCUCACAGGGCAAUAGCUCCCAGACGAAGACCUACGUUAGCGGAAAUGAAACGAGCGUCUACGAGGACGGGGAUCUGGUGUAUGGUAGCGCGGUGUAUCUCUCCGCACCGCUGUCCCCGGAGGGGGAUCCUUCCACGUCUACGAAGGAGAGCCCUCUGAGGCAGCCGCACACCGUGGCGAGUUCUCCCGUUCGCGCAAUGCCGUCGCAUGGGGGUAAUGAAAACGUUGCCGAACCUCCCGCAUUUCUGCCUUGUUCUUCCAAGGGAGGUGAAGGGGUUUGA